AUGAAGAAGACUAAAUCUGUCAGAUUUAAGGAUAUAGUAGAUGUAUAUAAAAAUCCUCCCAUCCAAUUGAUUGAUAAAGAAGAUAGCAAUGUGACUGAGCCAGCAGUGGAUAAAGAAGACAGCAGGGUGACAGAACCAGCAGUGGAUAAAGAAGACAGCAGGGUGACAGAACCAGCAGUGGAUAAAGAAGACAGCAGGGUGACAGAACCAGCAGUGGAUAAAGAAGACAGCAGGGUGACAGAACCAGCAGUGGAUAAAGAAGACAGCAGGGUGACAGAACCAGCAGUGGAUAAAGAAGACAGCAGGGUGACAGAACCAGCAGUGGAUAAAGAAGACAGCAGGGUGACAGAACCAGCAGUGGAUAAAGAAGACAGCAGGGUGACAGAACCAGCAGUGGAUAAAGAAGACAGCAGGGUGACAGAACCAGCAGUGGAUAAAGAAGACAGCAGGGUGACAGAACCAGCAGUGGAUAAAGAAGACAGCAGGGUGACAGAACCAGCAGUGGAUAAAGAAGACAGCAGGGUGACUAAGCCAGCAACAGAUAAAGAAGACAGUGAGGUGACAGAACUAGCAGUGGAUAAAGAAGACAGCAGGGUGACUGAACCAGCAAUGGAUACAGACAGCAAUGUGACUGAACCAGCAGCCAUGGAUACAACCAGCAGUGUGACUGAACCAACAGCAAUGGAUCCAGACAGCAAUGUGUCUGAAUCAGCAGUAGAUAGAGAGAUCAAUGUGACUGAACCAGCAAAGGAUACAGAAGACAGCAGUGUGACCGAACUAGCGCUAGCUUUAGCUAAGAGUGCCAUCACCGCUGCUGUUAAUACUGUGGAAGAAGAUGAUGAAUACACCAUCCAAAACAUCGACUGGCUCACACACGGUGAAUUCACACCAGAAAAGGGUCGUGAACAAAUUGAGGAGUUUGUUUUGACUUGGGAGUAUCAAGACCGCUGGGUGCACUACACAAAGUUGAUAGAGACGAGAGACCUGGUUCACAGCUUCCACUACAUCUACUCUGUACGCUGGAGUGUCCCAACUUCUCAGACACCCACAGCCUUCGGCUCUGCCUUUGCCUUCUUCACCAUCAAGUUCAACAAAAACAAACCUCCGGAUGCACCCAUUGAAGUCUCUUAUACCUUUGAAGGCCAGUCACUACUUCACAGACCAGGAACGACUCGUUUUCGAGAAAAUUGGGUGAGGGACAUGGUUGAGGCCAAACAUAUUUUAAUGAAGUCAUUUCCCUUCUAAUUCAAUUGUGUCCGAUUCUUACAGAAUGUUUUUUGAUUUGAUUUCUAAUCAGAAUGUAUUAAAAACACCAUACUGCACAUCAAACCACAUAAUAUUUAUUGAAUAAUAAACUCGUGGCACAUAAUCAGCUGUAUUUUGUUUGCAUUCAUUCAUUUUCCAUUUGGCAACUUCCAUCAUGCUAACAGAGUAACUGGUACGUUGUUUUCUAUUUCCUAAAAGGGUUUUCCCAUGAUUCUCUGCAUCAUUCAGA